CAUUUCACACACUUUUGUUGGAUACUUUUAGGAGGAAAUAGUAAAUUUUCCAAACAGGGCUUUGUUUUAUAGAUCCCUACGGCAAUGUAUCCUUGUGUCAGUGUCAAAUGGCCCCGGUUCUUACAAGUUGUUGGUUAUUAGUGCUUUGCGUGUCCUUUAAAAAGUGAAUUAAGUAUUUUAUGAAAUGUUAAUCAAUACAAACGCAGACUGAAUAAUAUUUAAUAAAAAAGAACAACAAAUUGCUAGAAGAGACGAAUUUGUUUAUUUUUUGCCACAACAACAAAACGAACGGCACAAAAAAUGCUGAAGCGUUGAUUUCUGCCACAUAAAACCAAGCAGCAAAACAACAAAACAAAGAAAAAUUCAGAAAAAGUAUUUUAAAGAAGUGAGUCCGUUGGCAAAAAGGACAUUAAACCAAUGGGCCUGCGCACAAAUGCAAAGGAAUGCCAAACGCAGUCGGCGGCGUCUGCUUCGGCGUCAGUCAACAUGAAUGUGCAACACCAGCAAGAAGAUUUUGCAAAGAAAAAACAAGAAAGGGAACAAGAAAUACAAGCCAUACAAGAAAUGUUAAAUAAUAUAACAAAAUCAAAGCCCGAAGAAAAAACGGAUGCAAACGUCCAGAAACUCAAGGAAAUGGAAAAUAAGACUGAAAUGCCAUCGAAAGACAACAAUAUUGUGAUCAUGCGCAGAAGCAAUACCGAUCUUCAAAUACAAAGGGCAACAACAACAAACAAACCCAAUAGCCAAAAGCCAGUAAGUGGCGGCAGACAGUCACGCAUAGAUUCGGCUAGAUCCCAAAGUGGGGGUAGUGCCAAUAAAACACGUUCAAAAUCAUUGCAAUUGCCGUCGACAAACAAUAAAAAUGUCAACUCCCAGGUUUCCUCCACCAACAAGAAAACCUAUGACCCUGAAGAGGCCAGGCGCUUCAUGGAAUUGCAAAAGAAAAAACGUAGAUCGGAAGCUGCAUUGCAACCAGAUGCCAAGGCCAAUCGGGAAAAAGAGGAAAUUAAGAAACGUUUAGAGGAGUUAAAGAAAAACACCCGAAAGUUGGUUAGCAAAAAUUUGGAUAAAAAGAAACACCAGAACUGCACUAAUCGGUUAGAUGGGGAGAAAAUUGAAAAUAAGACCAUCAAAAGUGAUCGAGUUUCAAAGGAGAGUGUCAGUCUUAAAGGUUUAUCAUUGGAACAAAAAACUAAAGGUUAUCAGAGUGCACGACCUGCAGAAGAAAAGCAAGUUACUGCUCAAUCGGCUUCCCACAGCCUACCUCUUGCUAGUGCCUUCAAGUCCCAUUUGCCGUUGGCUGAAAAUCAUAAACGUAUUGGCCUUUUACGUAAAACUGAAGAUGAGAAAGAUUAUUCAUUCAGUGCCCUGAAAAGCAUUCGGAAUGACAAAGAAAAUCGAGGCCUGGAGGAAUUAACAUCAAAAUUAAAUACCCAGUUUGAAAGUAAAUUACAAAGGGAUAAAGAAAAUGGAAAUGAAUUGAAACAAACUUCUCUGGAACUGAAUAUGCUGGAUAAUGUGUCCGAUUUGGAAAUACCCAAGAAAACUUUAGAAACAAGUCCAAAGAAGCAUGACCCUGGGGCAGGGGAAAUUAACAAUAAAGAAGACUGCGGGGGAAAUCCUUCAAAAUCCCAAGACCUACCCUUCUUGUUGCGGCCCACAGCUGCUCAAGUUUAUCCUUACAAUUUCAUAAUGGCUGUACGCCGAAAACUUGAGGCCAUUUCCCAACCCACUCCCGUGGUCCCGAUAAAACGGGAAAAGAUGCUGAAAAAUAGUCAGGCUACUUCAACAAAUGAUUUAUUAUUAGGAGAACACAAGGAACCGGAAAAGAAAAGAAAACUAUUAGAUAAUUUGAUUGAAAAUGAAAACAAAAAACGAAAAAGCUUGGAGGGCUCGGAUAUUGCAGAAAAGAAGACUUUGGAGGGUGCUCCCAAAACCACACUUACCAUGUCUCUGGAAAGUUUAAAAUCUCCUCAACAAACUUAUACCAUGGAUUUCCAUAAAGAUACGGAGAAAAUCGCAUCGUCCCUAAAUAAAUCUUUUCAUAGUUCUCAGGAAAAGACUUUCGACUCGGAACUAGAGUUGCUGGGGAAAACCAAAUCUAAGUAUAAAUCCGUGGAAAGUAUUGUUUCCAAUUAUUCCUCCUCGUCGUUGCCUCUGCCCAUAUCCAAUACUUUAACCGAGGUUUCGUCCCUUCGUACCGAAUCCAGACGCACUUUUUCCAUGUCUCAGGGAAAUUCCAAACAAAGUCAAUUGAAUACCGAGGAUGAGGUAACCUCUAUUUCAUCACAAAUUUUUAGCAGUCCUGAAAAGAAAUAUUCAAAACAAUAUCAAAAUGACUUUGAAUUCGUAAAGCCGAGGCCAGUGAGUCCGUUGUCGCUAGAGAAGGUGGAAAAUUUAAAGAUUAAAAGUAAAUCCAAAAACCAGGAAACGCCAGGGGUAGGUGGUUCGAGGGACGAGGAUAGGGAAUUGCAUUUCUCCCAAUUGCUGGAUGAUUUUAAUCGCAGCCUGUCCCAGGUGAUACAAGUCAAUGAACAAUUGAAAUCGACCUUAGACAAAUCUUCACGGAUUCUAAGUCCUCGUAGUAAUGUUAGCAAAAACUCCCAGAAGGAAUCCUCGGAUAAGCAACAACAAUACUCCUCCGAUUUCGAAAAUUCCUUAUCCACAACUCCAGGAAAAGAUAAACUUAAAUUAUCCCUUGAAAAUACAAAUGAAAAAUUGAAGACACGUAAAAGGCAACUAUUUCAAAUGGCCAAUCAAGUCAAGCCUUUGUUGACAUCACCCCCAAGAGAAUCUCCCCUACCCCAAUUAGAUUUGCAAUUGCAAGAUAAUUCAAACAAUAGAAAAACUUCAUUCUAUAGUCAAGAUCAAGAAAAUGAGGAGGGAGAAGAUGAAAGCACUUUGGAGGUGAAUGAAUUUGAACACCAUAAAGUGGAAGAAAUCGCCACAGAAAGUAAAGAGUACGAAAAACGUCUUGGUAUGAUUGAAAAACUCAGGGAGAAUCUAAAACAAAACAUUAAAGAAUCGCAAAACAAUCGGGCACAUAAAUCCAAUGCCGAUAGUUUCACAACUUCGGUUCAUAACAAAAAAUCAAAUAUGUCUGUCUAUACUUCAGAAGAUGGCAGAGAAAAUCUGCAAGAAUUGAAAGCGAAAUCAUUUUCAAAAGAAACGGAGGAACAACACAGCUCAAGGGACAAACAUUCUCAAAUUGAUUAUGAAGAUUGUAGAGAUAAGGAGGAUUUAAUAUUAAAAUACACAAAAUCUCUGCAAGAAGAAAAUAGUAAUGAAGAAACCAUUAUUCUAUACAAACGUAAUAAAAUUGUUAAUCCCAAAAAGACUGCCAGUUCCAACGAAACCACAAAAAGGGCCGCGGCCAGUGAAAGUUAUGAUUCGGCAUCAAGUCAAUCGAAUGUGGAAGAGCAAACUUCUUCUAAAUACAGUCAACGAUCCAACAGUAAUUAUACAAAAACCGAAAUAUAUUCCAUGAACUCCAAGAGUGAGAUUAUGACUGGAAGAAGUUCCAAUAAAAAUGAAGCGAAGCGUAACAGUUCAACAAAUGAGCAUUCCAUUACCACCAAUUCCUCUAUCUUAGAAGAUUUACAAAAAAUACAAGAAUUUUCCAACAAAGAAAAUGAAAAUCCUCCACCUGCACCUUCGCUGAGAUGCAAAAAUAAAAGCAAAUCACAUUCGGAAACGGCCGCAAACUUUAUUAAUUGUCACAUCAAUCGGUCUCGAGGGGAUUUUCAGGAACUCAAUACGAAAGAGGCAACUUUAAAUGAAACACAAUUCCAUUUGGCCAUACGUUCAUCACAAACAAGCUGCACUGAAUUAUCACAAAGUGCUGAUGAUGAAGUCACCACCACCACAACCACUGCCAGUAGCAUUAAAUCCAUAAUGAAGAAGCAAUCAAAUGACAUUUCUUCAAAUCCCCCAAGUUACAAUGCAGUUUCCAAAAACAAUCCAAAGUCAGAGUCAAAGGAACACAAUCCGAGUAUAAGCCUGCUCUCACCAUCCAAGGCAUCAAGGCGCAUAUCAAUUGGUACGGAAAUUGUAAAUUUCUUUCAUAAAUAUGAUCAUGAACGGUCCUCGGCAGCACUGCAGCAAGGUAACGAUACCAUAUCUGAGUCUUCGUUAAAUUACUCAAAUGUGGGUUUGUACGACAAACUUAUUCAAAAUGAAAUGAACAAAACCCAACACUUAACUGCCCUUUUGAAAAUGCGUGAAAAGGCCUUAAUGGAUCGUACCAAGGGUCAGAUUGCUUGGCUAGAGGUUCAAAAGGCCCGUUACAAGGCCAAGGGUUUAUUGGGAAACAUAGCUGCCAUUAAAAAGAAACAACGUGGCAUACUAUUGAAAAUGGAAAAGGAGCGGGAAGAGAUCAAAAGAUUGCUUCAAUCAACAAGCAGUAGCAAUACAAAUGUUAAAUCUUCAAUAGCAUCUACUGGAAUCGGAACUAGUGCCCGCGUUCAGCAGCAGCAUUCACCCACAAAAUAUAAGAAAGAUAAAACGACUAGUCCAGCCCAUUUUGCACCCAAAGUACCUUUGGUAUCGCCCAUUACCAACAGAUCUGCCGCGAAGUCCCUAAAAUCACCAGCAGCAGCAGCUGCAACUGUGGCAACCAUAAAACCCUCACCAAAUAAAACAAAUCUACCCCAGACAACACCAUCCAUACUGAAGGCCACAUAUGAAUUGGAAUCCUCUGCGGCCUUGGAAGAACUCCUAAAGAAACGCGAAGAAGAUUUACGCAAACGUCGUCAACAUGUGGAACAUUUAAUGAAAUGGCAUCAACGACUCGACGAGGAAGAAGCUGAAGUUCUACAAUUGGAACGUCAACUGUUAAGCUAUAAUAAUGUGCAACAGCAUUUCGAAAAGACACCUCAAAGCGACGGCCACAGAAACCAAAAGAAAUCCCUGCAACAAAUGCCACCAUUGGAAGCUUCUUCAGUUGUUGAUGAAGAAGAAGAGUUGACCCGAGAGGUUAAUUUGGAUGAUACAAGUCAUCAUCAUAUUUAUCAGAAUCUAGCCAAGGAAACGGAAAAGAAACGCGCCUCUAGAGCGCGUAAAAUGGAAAAACGUCUCAAGGACAUUGAUAAAAGUCUAAAAGAAUUAUCUCACAUAUCGGCCACAAACACAACCAACACCACCACAACGACGGCAAGCAAUUCCUCGGCCUUUGUAAUGGGACAUAACAAUGACGACAUUGAAGUGUCAUCAGCCAGCCAACAAGAAUUGGAUUUUGUGCGCACCACUGGCUCCAAGUUGAAUAAGUUAUGGCGUCGCCUUACCUCCCAAACGGUGGAGAAAUUCGAACCUACGCGACGUUAUAAGCUUUGUAAGGCCGAUCUUGAACGGCUUUAUGAAGAAGCCAAAAUGGCUGUGCUCAAAGAUUUUGCUGCCGAUGAGGAGCGGAUAGCCCAAGAAUUGUUGGAGAAAAGUUCGGUAACAACAACAGCAAACACCACAGCCAUUGAAAGUCCAACAGCACAAUCACCGCAGGGACAUGUCCUAAAUAAAAGCAAUUUUGUGGAAGUUCCAGUGUUGAAUUUAAAUUUCAGUUCCGGUCACUCAGAAGCUGAUGAAGAUUCUGCUACAAAAUUGGCAAAGGUGGCUGCCGUACCGGCGGCGGCAAAUCAAGGCAUUUACAGUCCCAGUGUUGCGGAGGAGAAUUUCAAGGCUCAAUUGUUAAAUUCUAGUGCCUCAUCGUCAUCAGCUGGGGAGCAACCGGAAGACAUCCUACAAAAGGAACAGGCUGAACAGGCGUUGGAAUUGGAAAGGCAACAACAGCAGGAGAAACAAAAACGUAUUGAGAAUAAUGUACAAAUAUUCUUAGCCCUGACCCAACGUCUGCAUUUGGGAUCCUCUGUAAAUCGUCACCAACCAGCAACAACAGUUCAUCAGCAACCACCGGGACUGCAGCGUAGUCUCAGUGAUACGGAAAUUGCCGAUAUACCAAAGUUUUCUGCAGCUACAACAACUAGUCAUAGAAAUGUAUCAGCGAACACUAGUCAAAAUAAAGCAAACACAGCAACAACAACAACGGCGACAAUUCAAAAUGUGCAUCAAAAGUCCAAAUCAUGCAUUGCAGAAGUUACAAAUUACAUUCCUUAUGAAACAAACAGACAUUGUGAAAAGUCAGCAACGGCGACAACAGCUUCUUCCACAAUUAAAGAACCAACUAGUCGGCCCACAGUUAUUGCCACCGUUGGGAGAGUUCCACCCAUAAACCCGUCUCAGACAUCACAGACACCGCAAAAGCUCUCCUUCUCGGGGCAAUUUGAAUAUGAUUCGGAAGCUAAAGCCAAAGAAAUCUCCUCAAAAUUAGAUGAAAUAUCAGCUGCCGUUAAUCUACUAUCUCAAGCUAAUGCCCUACCCUCAUAUCCUGCAGCGAUACAAUCGAAAAAUUCCUCUGCGGCUCAAGAGGGCGAACAAACAAGCAUUACGGAAGAAGCGAAUCUAAGUACGAACGAAAAUUCUUCGUAUUCUUUGAAUUUUGCCAACAUUUCCAUAGAUAGGCAUUCCUCACCUGGUUCACAACAACUGCAAUCUCACAACACAACCCAAAACCAAAGUAGCAAAACACCCAUCUCACCAACCAAUAAUAGCUCUGAAUCAUCAUCGUCUCAAGUAAAUACUUUUGUCGUUUCGCCCAAUGGCGGCUCAUCUUCGAAAACCUUUACCAAAGACAACAGCACAACUUCAAACUGUAGAACUUUUACAAAAGAACAAACCCCAACCACCACCCCGCCAGGUUUAUCGAAAACCGUAACUGUGGCAAGUCCAGCGAAUUUGGAUAAAACCAUUAGUGAAGAUUACGAACCUGAUUUCGAACCAGAUACAACGGAUGAAACUCAUAUUGAUGAUAUAUCAUUGCCGUUGUAUGAAACGACGGUGAGUGAAGAUGCCACCACAACGAUAGAAGAGGGUGAUAGUGAAGUGGCUGAAAUAUCCCGAGGGAAUGGGAGUUUAUCGAAUAAAACUUAUUGUGCUGAAACAAAACAAGAUCAGUUGCCGGUUAAAACGCCCACCAUAACCAUAACUAGUACUAGUCCCGAAAAGGAGCUAUUACCACCACCACCUCCAUUACCGCCACCACCACCAGCCCUCACAGCAACUGCUAGUUCGUCUUCUGUCAUUAGUUUAGCAACAACUACAAGUGGUGCCUCUGGCGCCCAAAUCAAUGCAACAUCGAAUGGCAAUGCUUUAAUGCCGGAUAUUAUAAAUGAAUUGGAAUUGAGACGACAUCCAUUGAUAAUAGAUAAUGAGCAUUUAAAACAAUUGGAACAUGUGGCCGCCUUACCUUACAUGUAUGUAAGGGAAAUUCCCAAUAAACCGCCACCACCCUAUGUACCGCCAGCGCAUGGUAGUCCCAUGACCACCAUAUUCCCCUCGGAAGAACGUAUUAAGGAUAUAACUUUUAGAAGAACGCAUGAACUCUAUUGUGAACUCUUAAAGACUGAAUAUUGCAACGAAAAAGGUGAAAAACUACCCUCAGUUAUGGAGGAACAAAUCACCAAUAUCUAUGAACGAAUUAUCCUAGAUAUUUGCCGUGAAUAUCUAGAAGAGCAUAGCGAAAUUUUACGUGAAGGUGAUCCGACGAAUUUCCACAGCCAGCUGGCAUUUUUCAAUCCCCCUAAUCGCCUGCAUUGCAUACAAAAUGCUAUAUACAAAGAGGUGCGUCACUGCCUGGCCAUGGACAAGACACCACCUAAACGAACACAAAUUUAUUCGGUCUAUGGCCAACGUGCCAAACAGGAUCACAUUGGAAAAAUCAUAAUACAAGAAAUGUAUGAUGAAGAUGAUCGCUGGUGUAAUUUUCAUCGCGAAGAAUCGGAAGUACUAAUAUUAAUUGUUGAGGAAAUGAUUAAUAAAAAUAUACGUGAUAUUGCCAAAGAGGUAAUGUUAGAAGAAGGUAUACCCCUGGAUGAUGGUGAUGCUGAUGCUGAAGAAGGUAUAGAGAUUGAAGAGAUUGUUGAAGAAACAAGUGAAAUGGAAGAGAACUUGGAAAACACUCUUGAGGAGGAGCAAAGAGUAAGGGAAACCAUGAUAUCCUCAGUGGAAGUAACUGAAAAAGACUCCAGCCAACUAGAACGUCUAAACAAUACGAAGUCAAUUGAUGAUAUUGGAGCACCAGCAUCGCCGGUCUCUGCAACGAAUCAACAAUGCCAUGGCAAUGGAGUCGUAAAUGAUACAAGUAACUCCUUCAAAGUAUCCACAUCGGCAUAGUAGAGAUUUGCUGGUCCAUUUUUGUAUGUAUAUAAUCUAGUGUACUGAAGUAAAUUUUAGACAUAAAUGUAUAACUUUUUUAGCAAAACAUUUCAUUUUAUGAAAUGUUUAAUUUUUAUUAAAUUAAUGGCCUGAAUGGAAUGGAAUAUACUGAAUUUAUCGUUGUUACAGAGAUGGCUGAGGAGAGCAGUUCUUAAUAAAGUUGAACUCUUGCCUUUCCAAUUCAGAGUAACCAAAAGGAAUAGUAGUUUUUAAAAGUUCUUUUAACGUUCUGUCUUCUUUGCAUAAGCAAAAUUACUUAUUACAUACUACAAUUGUUGUAUUCUUGAGCCAUAAUUUCAUUCGCAAAACAUUAGACGGUAUUUAUACAAGACCCUUUGAUGAUCCUCUUAGAUUAAAAAUUAAUUAAAAGACAUUCUUACUUGUAUCUAAAGGCGUUCGAAUAUGAAGAGCUAUUGUUAUUUUUCUUUUUUAUUAGGAAAUCAUUAUUAAAAUACCUAAUCGAGAUUUUCUAUGUUGCAAAAUUAUAUAAUGAUCUUCUAAAUGAGAAGCAUUUUCUAAUUCAAAAAAAAAAAUGCUGAUGGUUUUCAAAACUCAAUCAUGUUUUUUUAAUAGCACUGGACCCUCAUUUUUUGUUACCUUUUGAUUUCCGUCUUCAGCCAUUCUUUAGGUGGUCUUCUAUUUUUUAACUCUUUCAGACUAUCUUCUAAUUCAGAUGGUUUUCUAUUUUAGAAUCUAUUUCAUAUUCUUGUUACAAAUAAAUAUGACCGCAUCUUCUUUGAUUUCAUUCAUCGGUCCAUUUUCUUCUAUUUUAAAAGACUUUCAGAUUGUUUUCGUUUUAUCUAACGAUUAUCUAAUUCAGAUAAACGUCUAAUUAUGUUCUUUGUUAGAAGGCCUUUUAAAGGUUACAAAUAGAUUCCAUUCGAUUGCCAUCGUCGAUCAUUCUCCAAAUGGUCUUCUAUGUUAGAAGAACUUAAGAUCGUCUUCAAAAUUUGAAGUCAGUCAGACGGUCUUCAACAUUAAAAGACAUUCUAAUGGGUUUCUGUACGAAUACACCAUAUAAUGACCAUUUUUACAUUUGAAGACCUUCUCUUGGCCUGCUAACGGCAAUUGAUACUAAAAGACAUUACGUUCAUAUUACAAGAUCCUUUUAAAUUAAAAAGAGUCCUGAAAUCUUUCAAUAUAUUAAAGACACUUUAAUGACCUUCUGAAUAAGAAAAUUUCCUGACUGUAAUCUUAUAAUUGUAGGUCUUCUGAGUUGGGAGUUGUCCCCGUCUUGUUGUAAGAAAUAGAUCCAAUUUGAUUUCCAUCUUCAAAGUUUAUAAACCAAUUAACCGUGAUAACUGACCUAUCACAAUAAGUUUAACUUAUGUUUUCUCAAGUCAAGUUUAUUGUGGCUAGACAAUUAUCACGGUUAGCCCUUUUAGCAAUAGAAAUUUUGUGUUAUUUCUUCUUCUUUCCCGCUAAAAUUCUAAUUUCUCCUAACAUCCAUUUUAAAUUCUGUAUAAGAGUUAAUCCAACACAAUCUGAAUGCUCACAUUUUUGAGAAUUCUGAAUUAAACACUCUUUAUUAUUAGACCGGAAGCAAUCAUGGAAUUUUUAUAUUUUUCAAAUAAAAAAAAAACCAAUAAUGCAUUAGUUAAUAUUUUUAUUUUUGUAUUGAAAAUUAUAAGUAAUAUUAGUUUUUCCUUUUUUUUCCAGGAAUGUAGAUAAUCUCCUUUAGGAGAAUACUUACAAUCAUAUCCAAAGAAAUUGUUUUUAAAAAAUUCCAGCUAUACAACGAAAACCGGUAAAUUCCAUUUCUUUAGGCCAAAUAUGUUUUUUCCUCAAUUUUAGUUUGUCUUAUUGUCUUAUUAUAUGCCAUUUUUUAUUCUAAAUAAUAGAGUCUUCAAUAUUAUAUAAUGUUUAUGUAUAAAAUCUAGUAUCUACUGAAAUUAAUUUUUAAUAUGUACUUAAAUUACCUGUUAUACUUUUAUAAAAAUAAUUUUGUUUUUCGCUAAUAUGUAUGUAUGUACUUAUACGUAUACGAAUCAAUCACAAACACUAAGAGACACACACACAAAACACAACAAUUUUUAUAGCAUAAGAUAGAUUUAUUUUACUACUAUAAAUACACCCUGUACCUUCCUCCCUAUCGCCCCAAACCACACAGUCCAUUCGUCAAUCCAAUGUUUCGUACAAAAUUUGUUUGUAAGUUUUUCUUUUUGUCGUUUUUCGUUGAUUCAAUUUUCUUUUUUAGUUUUACAAUGUAACAAAUAAGUUUAGUAGCCGCCAUACAAUAUAACUUAUCGUUUAGGAUUUAGCAUACAAAUACUUUGUCUGCUAUUAUAUAGAAUUAGAUUGUCAUUGUAUCUAAAAAGAAUUGCAACUACAACAAAAGCUAAAGAAAUCUUAAUUUGUCUUAGUUUUAAAAUGAUCUAUACAUACUACAUACAAAAGAAAGAAACAAAUUGAAAUACAAUACAAUAUAAACAAAA